AUUUCCACUUCCACCCGACCACACCGAUGGCGGCCGCCGCCCCUCCUCCCGUGCCCAGCUCCGGCGAGGAUGAAGGAGGAGGCCCCGACCGCAUCAGCGACCUCCCCGACGCCGUCCUCGGGGAGAUCAUCUCCCUCCUCCCCACCAAGGAAGGCGCUCGGACCCGCAUCCUCGCGUCCCGGUGGCGCAACCUCUGGCGCUCCGCCCCUCUUAAUCUCGACUGCUAUGAGCUUACCACCACUUGGGGUGAGCUCGCUGGUGUGGUAUCACGCAUCCUUUCCUCCCACCAAGGCCCGGGUCGCUGCUUCCGCAUCCCCUGCGGAUUUCUUCCCUACGAAGCGGCCACCGUGGACUCCUGGCUCCAGUCCCCCGCCAUCGACAACCUCCAGGAGCUUCGUUUCUCUUACCCGAUGCUGCAUAAUCAGUCGCCGUUGCCGCUGUUGCCAGAAUCCUUUCUCCGCUUCUCGACCACCCUCCGUGUGGCCACCAUCGAACAUUGCCACCUCCUCGACAGCAUUGUCCAAGGGCUCCAGUUCCCCCAGCUUAGGCAGCUCACACUUUCAAUUGUUAGGAUCUCCGAGUGUUCGGUUCCCCACGUGAUUGCCGGGUGCCCUGCUCUGGAGUGCUUGAUGAUAAGAGAUUGCUUCGGCUUCCGUCGCCUCGGGAUCAAUUCCAUUAGCCUCAGAAGCGUCGGUGUGCAUGCUGAAUGUUAUCGGGAUGAGCUCAACUUUGGAGAGCUUAUCAUCGAGAAUGCCCCUUGUCUUGAAAAGUUGCUCCAUCUUGGUUGCACUGGUGAUCUGCAUGUAUCGGUAAUCUUUGCACCUAAACUAGAGACAAUGCGCUGCUGUUCGAACCCCACCACUAAAACCUCGUUUGGCUCCAUGGUUAUUCAGGGGUUGCGCAUUGAUGGCCUUACAACGGUGGUGCGCACUAUCAAGUUUUUGUCCGUUGAUAUGGAUAAAUUUUGUCUGGAUACAAUUAUUAACUUGAUGAGAUGCUUUCCAUGUCUGGAGAAGUUGUACAUUCAGGUGGCUUCUUCAUUCUUAGUUUCUUUUAUAUGCUUCUAUUUUGAAGUGGCUAAUUCUUUUCUUUCUUUAUGUUUUUCAGUCAUAUUUAUCAGGGCCAAAGAAUUUGUGGCUUAGUAAACACAAGAACUUCAUCAACGGCCAUGAUAUCCGUCUAAAGAAAAUAAUGUUUAAACUGUAUCGCGGCACCAGGUCGCAGGUUAGCUUCGUGACAUUCUUUGUGUUGAAUGCGAGAGUGUUAGAGUCGAUGAUACUUGAGAUUGAACACAAGAACGACAACGAGGAGUUCUUGGCAGAACAUCGUAGGAAACUGCAGCUAGAGAAUAGGGCUUCAAGAGGUGCUCGGUUUCAGUUUACAACUGAUAAAUGUGUGCGCAAUGUUUGGGACAUCAACGAUGCCCGUGUUUUGGAUUUAGCUGAUCCGUUCGCAUGUUUAUGUUAAGUCAGGGUCUGGUCUGUUUCGGAGCUAUUCCUGACCAUCAUCAGAUCUCAUUUUGUGCCUUGUCCAAACUUGUUUAGCUCUCACUCAUGUCUGUUGUCUACUUGUCUUCUGAAGUUUGUAUUGUCUGAACCUUAUGACAGCUAAGCAAGCUAUUUGUGCCACUAGUUUGUGAUGUGCUAUGUGGCAUUUAAACAAGUCUGUAUAAUCUGAUUCCACUACCAGAUAUAUACUGAUGGAUACCUGGAUGCAUACAAGCUACCUGUGCUUGUGGGUAGGUAGUUCUGGUGUUCUUGUUCCACGGUAUUACCAAGAUAUAUAACAAGAUAUCUGUGUGGUUGAUUUUA